UGGAAGUAUAUUCUGCUUAGUUUAUUAGGAUUGGCGCACUCAAAAAAAAAAAAAAAUCCCCCAAAAAACGUCGGCUUGCGUUCUCGCUUUUAACAGCUGUUAUUAACCGAGAGAUUGCAGCUCGUGUAAAAUAAGUACAUAGUCUGUUUAUUUACAAGGCGUAGCAGAGUCAAUCUGGUAAAGCAGUUUUAGAUAGGCGUCUGAGGCCGCACAGAUAGAAGGUUUCUUUUCAUUUCUCUCUCUCUGUAUAUUUUUAAUUCUACAUUUAAUUGAAUUACAUUUUUUUUUUUUUUUCGACUAUGGAAUCGUUUUCAUCCACACUAAAAAUCGGGAAGAAAAACUACACCGGGCUGCUCAGCCGACGGCUUUUCAAAUGGACGGGACUGACCCACAGGAACGAAGAAAACGCAGUGUGUGUGGAGAGGGUGCCGGUGGAGGAGAUCGUGGGGGUGCAGGCAGGGAGGCUGGAGCUGCUGCCUGAGAAAAGAGUUGAGGAAUCGGAGACAGAGUUCACUGUGUUGUAUGUGAGGCGUGUGCACGGUGGUCAGCGCUGGUCUCUGGGACAAACCGUGUUCACCGCGCCGGACCUCGAGCUGAGAGACCGCUGGGUGCAGAGCCUGAGACACUGCACUGAGAAAUACAGCCAGGAUCGUCCGAGGAAUCUGCUGGUUUUCAUCAAUCCGUUCGGGGGUCGCCAGCGCGGCCGCGAGGUCUACCACACCCAGAUUGCACCCCUGUUUGAACUGGCAGGGGUCAGAACCCACGUACUGGAAACUGAACGAGCCAAUCACGCAAGAGAUUACAUUCUGAAGAAGGACCUUACUGGGUUUGAUGGGCUGGUAUGUGUGGGCGGAGACGGAAUGUUCAGCGAGCUGAUGCACGGCCUGAUUGGUCGAACUCAGUGGGAGGCGGGGAUUUCGGAACAUGACCCCGAGGCAACCCUGGAGAGCUCCUCACUCAGAAUCGGAAUCAUUCCAGCAGGCUCAACAGACUGUGUGUGUUUUGCCACUGUGGGAGUGAACGAUCCCAUCACCUCCGCACUGCACAUUAUUAUAGGAGACAGCCAGCCCCUGGAUGUGUGUUCCGUGCAUCACAGGAAGAGGCUGCUGAAAUACUCUGUCUCCUUGGUGGGCUACGGUUUCUAUGGAGACGUGCUGGCAGACAGCGACAGGAACAGGUGGAUGGGACCAAUCAGAUACGACUACUCAGGUUUAAAGAUGUUUCUGAGCAAUCGCAGUUAUAAAGGCACCGUGCGCUUCCAGCUGGCCGAGUCACAGAGUUCGAACCCGCGCGACAACACACGCUGCAGAACUGGGUGUAUGGUUUGCUCCGAGUCAACUGAGAGACUCUGCAGUCUAGUAGAUUCAUCCUUUGAUUCCCUAUCCAGAGCCAGCCUGAGUGAGUACCAGGUCUCAUCCUGUUCAGCCUCGCUCCCUGGAGAUUGGAGGUCAGUGUCCGGGUCUUUCAAGGCGGUCAACCUGACCUGCAUGUCCAGCGCUUGUCCCAAGAGUCCCGGCGGACUGUCACCCAGCGCCCACCUUGCAGAUGGCACUGCCGACCUCAUCCUGGUUCGGGACUGCGGGAGAGCAGAGUUCCUGGAGCAUCUGAGAAGACACACCAACAACAAGGACCAGUUUGACCUGCCCUUUGUCGAGGUGUAUCGCGUGACUGCUUUGCACUUCUUCCCUGAAAAUGAAGAAGAGGAUGAGAAUGAAGGGAUGGAGACAGAGGAAGGAACGGAGGGCAGCCAGCACAAGACAAGUAGCUUCCUGUCUGGGAUCUGCGGAGUGCCCCCUAGCCGUUCAAAGUGGAACUGCGAUGGGGAGCUUGUACCUCACGCUGCCAUCCACGCACGGGUCCACUGCCAGUUGAUCAGGCUCUUCGCUCGGGGAAUUGAAUCAUCACAGGGAAAGAGGAGAGGAUCUCGGCUCAUGUACUAUAAAUAAAGAGGAGAGGAUCUCAUCUCUUGUACUAGAAAUAAAGAGGAGAGGAACCGGGACCCUCCGUGCAAACACACAGACAAGCCCAAGAAAACUCCUGAACGAGACAGAGCGAGAGGGAUGGAGAGAGAUAGAGGCAGAGGGACAUAGAGAGAGAGAGAGAGGGACAAAGAGGGAGAGAGGCAGAGAGGAGUCCGUUCAGCCCCUCAGAGCUUGUCCGGUGCCCUUGGCAACCCUUGCUCAGAAAUGAGGGAGUGUGUAUUUGUAAUAAUAUUAAUAAUAAUAAUAUCUUUAUUUUUAAUAAGCAGACCACCAUCACAAAGCGCUUCCCAGAGGCAGGCUGUGAACUGCACAUUAUAUGCAGAGUCACUCACAACAGGACAUUGAUUUAACAUCUCAUCAUCACACAGGACACAGUACCAGUCACAUGCUCAGGGUCACACACAGCAUAUCAGUCAGGGGCAGAGGGGGGAUUUGAACCCGCAACUUUCUGGUUACAGGCCCUGGACUUUAACCACUGGACCACACAGCCUCCUAGCAGUGCUAAAACACCCAUUUCAAUAAUGAUGGGUAUUUAUAACAGCAUGUAAAGUAUAGCAGAGAAGAACUGGCAAUAACUCACCGUGAUCCUUGCUCUGCAUAAUAUAUUGUAACAGAGGUAUGUUUGAGAGAGAUUUGCAGGUAUCGUUAAGUAGAUGUGUAUUCAUUAUUAUAAUAAUAUUAUUAUUAUUAUUAUUAUUAUUAUUAUCCUUUUAAAAAGUGAAUCUUUUUUAAUUUAGUCUGCUGGAGUUCUAAGAAAUGAAAUGAAGGGGGAAAAAAAUGGCAAAUUGUCUUAAUUAAAUGUAUAAGUUUAGAAAUUCUGAAUGUGUUGAUUUAUUAAAAGGGGAGACAGUCUGGCAGGAGAGAGAAACACUAGCCGUUACUAACCUUUCCAUUUUCUUUUUGGUUCAAGUUUUUAAUUUAAAAACAGUUUUUUUUUUUUAAUUGUUUUAAGCACUUAAGGAGUUUUCUUUACAAUUAUUUUUUGUUAAAGGUUCCGAACAAUGUAAAUAUUGAAUUAGUAACACAGACACCCGGAAGAAGGGGUUAUAGAGUUGGACCAAGCCCUCUCAUUGGCAAGCCAUUUCCACACAAUUUAAAAAUGAUUUGUUAAAGAAACGCAAUGAUUGUGUUAGUGUCUGAAUUGUUGGCGUUUCAGCGCUAUGAACAGCACAGCACUCGCAGCUCAGGAAAAGCACGGUCACAUUCAAACUUACUCUGCAAAUAUACCAUGGAAAACUUUAGUGAACGUUUUUAUCCAGCUCUGUCCAAAAGUUUAGCAUCACCCCCCCCCCCCCCC